UAUUGCCAAACUGUCAUAACGUCUCAGCAUUAGAUCAACUCUUGAACAAUAGAACACUAAACAUAAAAUUUUUAUUAUUUAAACCUAUUAUUAUUAUUAUGUAAUAGUGCAUAUCCUGAGAAAUUCAACAUGGCUUGGAAUCCUUUGCACCCUGUAACGCAAAACGAGUUGCAGCUUUCAACGUCGAGUUUACUUAGAAUUAAAAGAGACAUGAUGUCUAUCUACACUGAACCUCCGCCAGGUAUUCUAGUUGUGCCCGACGAGGAAGACUUGACACUUGUCCACGCCCUCAUCACAGGGCCCUACAGUACGCCGUACGAAGGAGGAUUCUUCUACUUCAUCGUACGUUUUCCCCCAGAUUACCCGAUCUCAUCGCCUAAGGUGGUGUUAAUGACAACAGGUGGGAACACAGUCCGAUUCAACCCUAACCUGUACAAUAGUGGGAAGGUCUGCCUCAGCAUCUUGGGAACUUGGAAUGGGCCGGAAUGGAGCCCUGCUCUGACUUUAUCCAGCCUGCUCAUCUCCAUCCAAAGUCUACUUACUGAGAAGCCUUACCAUAAUGAACCCGGUUUCGAGAAGGAGAGGGUGUCAGGUGACGCUAACCGCUACAAUGAGAUCAUACAACAUGAAACACUACGAGUUGCUGUGAUAGGAAUGUUAGAUAACGACUAUGGGAUACAUUUGCCAAAUCAGCUAAAAGAGGCCAUGCAGACUAGUUUUUUGCAACUAUACGACUUUUAUGAAAACUUGGCUCUAAGCAAGAUUACUCUUAAUGGUAAGGAAAUGCAAGAUCCUUUUGGAGAGAGAAGAGGCCAUUACCAAUACAAAGUUCUUCUGCAGCGCCUAAAAACAAUCUACUUAAGACUAAAACUUUCAUCAUGCUCGCAAAAUAAUUCAUCUUCCUCCUCACCACAGUCUACUGAUUAAGUGUCACAUUCUAGUGAUGAAUUAAAAGCUUUUGUAUUAUUAAUAUAGUGCAUUGAAACAGUUAAUAAUGGUUAAACAGUUGACAUAUUCCAGGUUAAAUUAUUACUUCUCAAUCUAUAAAUAGUUAAGAAACAAAUAUUUUAAGCUUUCUUUUUUAGUUAAAUUUGGAAGUAAAAUAAAUUUGGAUCAUUUAAAACAAG